CAACGCUUGCUCCCUCUUCGACUACCUCGCCUUAGCACUUCAAUGGCACCGAGCCUCGCGUUGAUGCUGCCUCGGCUCCUCCUCCCCUUCCUAUUCCUCGCCCUCUUCCAUCUCAUCGCAAUUGGCCGCCCCAUCUCGACGCCGGCUGACGAGGCGCUCGCCGAUCUUCUGCUCUCGGACGGAAUCACUCCCGGCUCGACCUCAGAUUCCCAAACCCUACUCCUACCCUUCCUCCGCCGUCCGACCAUCUCCCAGAUUUUCGCCGCGGAUCAGUGCGAGCAGACGUAUGGAUUCCUCCCCUGCACCACUACGGUAGUCGGGAACAUGUUCCUCAUCGUCGUGUACGGAUUCCUGAUGUACAAGGCCGCGACGUACCUCUCCUCCGGGAGCGAGCUUCUCCUCAAAAUCAUGGGGCCGGGUAUUGUUGGUGGACUCUUCCUCCCGAUUCUUGGGGCUCUCCCUGACGCAAUGCUAAUUUUGGUAUCUGGGAUUUCUGGGAGUAAAGAAACUGCUCAAAAUCAAGUGUCGAUUGGAAUGGGUUUACUUGCUGGAUCAACAGUGAUGUUGCUUACUACUCUAUGGGGUUCUUGUAUUAUUGUGGGAAAAUCUGACCUUUCAGAUAAUUCAACCUCAAUUGAUCCACAAGAUACACAAAUCUUCAGUCUGUUUGGUUCUGGUGUUUCAACUGAUGUUGAAACAAGCUAUGCAGCGAGAAUUAUGGUGAUAUCCAUCAUCCCAUUUGUGAUAGUGCAACUGCCACAAGUUUUCAAUUUUCCCUCUGGACAACGUCUAGCAGUUUUGCUCUCUCUUAUUGUUGCAGUUGCACUCUUGGUUUCUUAUUGUGUUUAUCAGGUAUUUCAACCUUGGAUUCAGAGGCGAAGAUUAGCUUAUGUGAAGCACAAACAUGUAAUAUCAGGAAUUCUCAAACAUGCUCAGAUGCAAGCCCUUGGACGACUCGUGGAUAAUGAGGGAACACCCAAUGUAGAUGUCCUUAAAAGAUUGUUCCGUUCACUAGAUAUGGAUUCAGAUAGAUCACUAUCACGUGCCGAGUUGAGAGCUCUGAUCAUAGGUCUCCAAGUUGAUGAAAUAGAUUUGGAUAUGGACGAUGCUGUUGAUAAAAUCAUGGAUGAGUUUGAUACAUCACGAAAUUCAACAAUCGAAGAACAUGAGUUUAUUGCGGGAAUAUCAAAUUGGCUUACCGAGGCCAAACGUGAUGUUGGAAAUGCUUCAUCUUACUCAAAAAAUUUCAUGGAUGAUUUUCACACGAAAGCAAGGGGGGAACAUGACAGGCUGAUCUAUCAAAAUGAUGAAGUUGUAGAAAGGAUUGAUAAUCCUGGUCAGGUAGUCUCCAAUGCUAUUUUACUUUUGCUACUUGGAACCGUCCUUGCUGCUAUUUUUGCUGACCCGCUCGUAGAUGCUGUUGACAACUUUUCUCUUGCUACAAGCAUACCUUCAUUCUUCAUAUCAUUCAUUGCAAUGCCUUUGGCUACCAAUGCCAGUGAGGCUGUUUCAUCAAUUAUCUUUGCCAGCCGAAAAAAACAAAGAACUUCGUCACUCACUUUCUCAGAGAUCUAUGGAGGGGUAACCAUGAACAACACCCUUUGCUUGGCUGUCUUCUUGGCUCUGGUUUACUUGAGACACCUGACAUGGGACUUCUCAGCUGAAGUUUUGAUCAUUUUGAUCGUCUGCGUGGUGAUGGGCCUCUUCACCAGUUUCCGGACGACUUUCCCUCUGUGGACUUGCUUUCUUGCCUUCUUGUUCUACCCCUUGUCGCUGAUACUUGUCUAUGUGCUCGACUUUGUCUUUGGGUGGUCAUAGAGUAACAAAUUGCUGCAAGAAUUAAGCUACUCUUCUGGAUGAAUGCAGCGUAUGAGAUUCUCCUACCCUGUUGUUCAUGGUGUAUAGACAAAUCUAAAUCGAUUCAUUUCCAAAGCUUUCAGAAUUGUGGAAUCCUAUAAUUUGUAUGCUUUGAUUUGAAGGAUAUGCCGUCAAUUGCAAGUUUGUAACUCAUUUCUUCCUAGUAAAGUGGUGGUUACGACAAAUCAGUUGGUUACCUGCCACACUGGAUCAAAUAACACAUCAGGUACAUUCUCCUUCCCUUCAACUUUUCCUCAGUUCUCUUUUUAAGCCAUGGUUUUGAUGGAAUUGAACGGCAAAGAAUGUUCACUGUGGUUAAUUUACUUAACAUUCAUGUCCCAAAUCGUCGUCAAAGUUAUAUUCAUCUGCGACUUCCUCUUCGGUCGCAUGCUCGGUUCUAUCAUAUGAUUAUUCUUAAGACAAGAUUUCAUGGUUAUUUUGUUUUACCAUUGUAUUCUUUAUGA